AAUGAUUGAUAUAAACAUAUCCCAUCAACUACGUAUUAAUUAAAAGACUUCAUUAGCAGAAAGUCUUCAAAUAAGGGAGAGAUCCCUUAGAAACUCACCAAAAAACAUUCAUUGAGAGAGAGGGAGAGAGAGAUGGCAGGGAGGUCUUGUUGGAGAGAUGUGUUGCCCUUUACAGCCAUGGUUACAGUGGAGAGCACCAACGUCGGUUUAAACAUCUUAUUCAAGUCUGCAGCAUCAAAAGGAUUGAGUUACUAUGUCUUCAUUGUCUACUCUUAUGCAUUUGCCACUGUUCUUCUCCUCCCUCUUCCUUUCAUUUUUCCCAGCAGAACCAGGCUUCCACCAUUGAACUCAUCUAUACUCCUUAAAGCUUUUCUGCUUGGACUGAUCGGGUUUUUGGCAAAUUUAUGUGCAUAUAGAGGUAUAGAUUACAGUUCACCAACUCUUGCUUCAGCCAUGAGCAACCUCACUCCGGCUUACACAUUCAUACUUGCCGUCAUCUUCAGGAUGGAAAGGCUGAGUUUGAGAAGCACCAACACUCGAGCCAAACUCAUGGGUACUGUAGUGUCAAUAUCAGGUGCUCUUGUUGUAGUUCUAUAUAAGGGUCCAACAGUUCUGUCCGCUACGGAAAGAGAUUGGGUAAAAGGUGGCCUCUUGCUCACUCUCGCGUACCUACUUUUCUCUUCCUGGUCAAUACUUCAGACCCAUAUUAUGAAGACAUACCCGGCUGAGCUAAUUUUGGCAUUGUUGUACAACUUGUUUGGGACCAUUAUAUCAGCACCGGUCUGUUUAUUAGUAGCCGAAACAAACUCAAGUGCCUGGAAACUGCGGCCUGGCAUAACACUGAUUGCAAUUAUAUACUCGGGGUUCUUUAGUACAGCGUUCAGCACCAUUGUUGUUACAUGGAGCCUAAACUUGAAGGGUCCUGUCUAUGUAUCAAUCUUCAAACCACUGUCGAUUGGUAUUGCUGCUGCAUCCAGUGUCAUAUUCCUUGGUGAUGAUCUCUUUCUUGGCAGUGUUCUUGGAGCUGUAAUGAUAUCAAUAGGAUUUUAUGGUGUAAUAUGGGGACAGGCAAAGGAAGAAGAGAUGAGAGCUGAGGACUAUGACUCUGAUAACCUGAGAGGGUUACACAGUGGGAAGGCACCAUUAUUGGAAACCUACAAAGCUGAAAGUAUGUAACAGUGUACAGAUGAAUAUUAGCUGAUCAGAAAGGAAAAAAUUAGUGUCCAUUAAAUAGUUCAAAAGUUAUGUAAUGAACUCAAAUUCCCCUAUCUCGACUCUAGCAAGUUGCUAAUUAAGAUAUGCAAUAUUUGGGUAACAAGCUCCAAAUUAUCCUUGAUAAGGGU